GGGCGAGGUCGAGCCCGAGCCCGAGCGAACACAUGCAGCGGAGGAGGGAGGGGGGGGGGCAAGGGUAUCGCUCCCGAAAUAUCAGACGUAUGGACACCGACGGGGUCAUCCUGACUCGUCGACGACGUUGAUGGGUCGAGGGAGAGCUUCUUGAUGCCUCCAGGAGGUCGAAUAGGAAGGACAACGAAUAGGAACCAUACACACACAUCCAUCACAUACGGCCCCCCGGAUCAUACAUCAUAGAUCAUAGACUCGCCCCAUCACCAUCCCGCCAUAGCUAUACAUGUCCGACAUUAUCGCCCCAAAGCUCCCAUGUCAACCCUGUCGAACCUCUCGAACCCGUUGCGAUCGCCUCUCACCCACCUGCACUCGAUGUCAAACCCGAGGACUAGGAUCGACCUGUCGAUACGUCACCACCUUGCCGCACGGUCGGACCCGGCAGUCACACGUCAGGUCACAGCAUCGACCUUGCGAAGGAUGCAAGAAGAGGCAUGUCAGAUGCCAUCAUCCUCAGCAGCAGCAGCAGCAGCAGCAGCAGCACGGAAGUAGGAGUGGUAGUAGUAGUGGCGGUGGUGUGGAUACGGCCCGUGAUCCCCGUAAUCAUCAACUUGUUGGAAUUACAGUAGAUGGGAACAAUCCUUUUGGAGAUGGAAGAGCACGAGCAGGUGUGACUUAUUCCGGGCCGCGCAAUCGUCGCUUGGAACAUGGCGACAACGACAACGACAACGAAAACGAGACAUCACCCUUCCGGCCAUUUGACAACGUAAAUGUAGCCGUACACGGGAGCUCAACUCCAGAGACCGCUGCCAGUGCCAGUGCCAGUGCCGUUGAGGAGGACCGAAACCAUCCAGAUCCCAGUCUAAACCUAUCAAUCGGGGCUGGGAUCGGGAUGCAUGACAAAAAUAAUAACAACGUCAACUGGUUCGACGAGAUCAUGAUGAGAGGAAUCUUGCCGACAGGAGGUGAUCCGACCUUCAAGGGAGCUUCUUCUUCUGCGAACGGCCGGGGGACGAUGGACAUGAGCAUGAGCACGAACAUGAACAAGGACAAGGAUAUGGGUACAAUCAAAUUCCGCCAGACCCCGACCCAGGGGACCGGAACUGUGCCCAUCGCCACGAUCGCCCUAGCCUCAGCCUCAGCCUCAGCUUCAGAAGAAGAGCCGAGGUCAAUCCUGUAUCGGUCGGUGAACGAACUGGAGCCCUUCUUCGAGAGCGUCGAACAGCUUCAUCAUUUCAAACAUUUCACACACCAAACCUCUCUCGGCCUGAUCUCCACGCCCUGCCCUCCUCAUCUCAACCCAUGGCUGACCGACUUUGCUCAACUCGCUCUCGUACAUCCUCAUGGGACUUCAGCUCUGGCGGAUACGUUGAGGGUAGCUAUCAGCUCGCUCGUCUCCGUCGACAUCGGAUCCCGGUUACAGAGCUCCUUCGGUCCAAAGGAUGCCGGUGGUACAUGUAGCGAUCGUCAACAUCAACAUCAACAUCAACAUCAACAUCAUCAUCAUUGUAACGCGGUGCUCGAGCUCGCUGCUGUCCAGAGGAAGCGGGCGCUGAGAGCGCUCGAUAAGACUAAAUGCUUACCUACCGAUUCGUUGGAUCUGACGUUGUUCAUCGGAGCCUGUCUGGCAUUGAGUACGAGAGAUAGGUUGGCGGGAGAUGACGACUGGGAAUCGGUUCUGCAUCCAGCUCGGCGGACGAUCGCCCAAGCUGGAGGUCCCGCGAUCUGUACGAUGGACCGGACGGAUCGAUAUCGGACGUUCGUGAUCGAACAGAUCGCGUGUACCGACAUGCUCUGCACGGACUUUACGCAUCAGCAGUCAGGUAUCGUGACGCAAGACAGCUCCUGGCUCAAGCGGGCCAAACUGGCUGACGGCAAACAACACGACGACGUCGAACUGAUCUGGGGCAUGAGUCGCCCAGUGAUGACGCUUUACCACGAUAACAUCAGAGUUUGGAGUCUCAAACGAGAUUUGAUGCAUUUAGAAGCGCUUCGUCGUGCCUCGGUCACGCUCACCACGCUAGAGACUGCCAUAUAUGAUGACACGAGGCGGGCGAUGAAGAUCGCUGCAGAAGGACUGCUCGGCAAGAUCGCUAGGAUGAGGCAGGAAACUCAAGUAUCGCAGAAUCUACCACGGGUCACUCUCGGUAACAUGGCCUUCUUGGCCACGUAUGAGACCGUGAUACACGCCGAGAUCUUGGGUAAUUGGCACAUUGCCGAAAUUCAACACUCAGUCGAUGCCAUCAUGGAGUUGAUCACCGAGGCCAUGUCGAUGGGCAUGUUCAUAGGGCUUCUCGUUCCCCUCGUUUGGGCCGCCCUCUUGUGUUUCGAUCGCAAAAGACGACAACGCUCCCUCCGCAUACUGCUACUACUGGAGCCGUAUCAUCACUGCGAGAUGAAGAUCGUUAUACACAUCGUGGAAACUAUCUGGGCGCUCAUCGACAAGGAUAUGGACGAGGCGAUUAUCGUUCUUGCAGGGUCUGGGGAGACGUACCUGAGAAGGAUAGGAGGGUGGAUCCAGAUGUUCUGAUAUUCCGGAACGGGGAUGGCGCGACCGGUGCGCGUCACACUGCGUUCCGACAUAGAUCACCCAUAUCUUCAGAACCUGUCACGCCUUCCAAGGUUUCUACAGUCCACGUAUCCCAAUAUCAUAUCGAUGCGGCGGAUCAAAGUUAUCGGCUGGCCCUGGGCAGAUAUCGAGCGCAAUAGGCUCAGGGGUUGUUACGCGGUUGCAGGUAGCGAGUCCCUUUGAACGUGGAUGCUUCCGCGCGUCCCCUCGUGCUUGAUGUUUCAGAACGGUCUGUUUUGGACGAUCGAAAAGCAAAAAGAUUCGUGCUCACAGCAGACAGGCACUCGCACCAAUAAGCAAAUGCACAUAUCUAGUAUUACAUAUACACAUAUACAGAUUCGCAUAUAGUCUCAC